GUCCUCGUUUGUUAUCUGCACAUUUUCUUCGGUGGGGUUGGCGAUGUAGAUUCCUGAGUCAUAUAAUGACAAUGUUCCUUUUCGAUUCGAUACCCCUGGGAGUCAAAUUGUCUGCCGCUGAUUUUCGUGACGUUUGGAUGCACUACGACUCAGAUGGGAACGGUUUUAUUGAGGAACAAGAAAUUAACAAGUUUCUAUCAGACCUCUUUGAAGCACAGGGCCAGAUUAUCUCCAAGUCAGACAUAGCGGGACUGAAACAAACCCUCCUGGAAUGCUAUGAUCUAAACAGGGAUGGUAAAAUAGAACUUUCGGAGAUGUCUAAGAUCCUUCCUGUUGAGGAAAACUUUCUCCUCAAGUUCAAGAUACAAAACAGACCCCUGACGUACCCCAACUUUCUGAGAAUCUGGGAGUAUUACGAUCGUGAUAACAGUGGGAGGUUGGAGCGCAAAGAGCUGGAGAGUUUCAUGACAGAUCUUAUCAGGACCAACAGGAACAUCUCUAUCAAGGAAGCGGAGAUGGAUCUAAUAAUGAACGAGAUAUACUCACAUUUUGACGGGAACCACGACAAGCUGAUAGAACAGGAUGAGCUGAAGCUGAUCCUCCAAGUUCCCACCAACUUCCUGGACCAUAUUGAGCUUUACAAGAACCUGAACAAGCAGGAGUUUACUGAGAUCUUCGAACACUACGAUAGGGACAGAGAUGGGUUUCUGGAGGGAGAAGAGUUGAUGGAGAUAGUUAGCGAUAUGAUGAGGAAAGUUGAGAUAGACCUUACCGUGGACCAACUAGAGAAUCUUGUAGAGAAAGUUGUGCGAGUUAUAGACACUAAUUUUGAUGGAAAGAUCAGCAAGAAAGAAUUAUCGGAUCUGUUUUUCACGUCAGGUCAAAUAUCGCCCAUCCCGGAACCAGAGCCGUCUGGUAGUGACACUUGAUAGAAGCUACUUUUAAUUCAGAGUUGUUAACAUUGGGAGUUGAGAUUCUUAUUUGAUUUUAAAUUGUCGCUCGGGAGAUUUUAAAAAAUUUGAUCAGAACAAAACAAAUAUUGUUUUUAUCAUGAGAUUUUAUUUUGCAAAAUCCUGGGUUUUCCUGUUAUUAUUGCAAAAAUAUGAAGUUUUAGAUCACAGGAAACUGAAUCUUACUUGCUUUUGAUUCUUGUACCGUGUCACAAUUUUUAUUUUGGUUGUUUUAACAUGAAAAAAUGAAUUGCUUCUGAGUUCUAUGGG